AUGGCCCCCUCAGCAACCUCCCCAACACCCCCCAACCAAAUCCGCAUCGUCCCCGUCCCCGACCCAAACUGGACCUUUGGCCAAGGCAGCAACCACCUCGACAAGUCCUCCUCCUCCUCCCCAGCAGACCCCAACGACAAAUCCCACCAGCAGCAGCACCACACCGUCAUCGACCCCCAAUCCCCCUCCCGCCCCUCCUGGCUCAACUACCAGCUCCUCAUCUCAGCAAUCACCCCCCGCCCCAUCGCCUUCCUCAGCACCCUCUCCCCGGACGGCAAAAAGGCCAACCUCGCCCCCUUCAGCUACUUCAACGUCUUCACCCACGACCCGCCCACCUUUGUCGUCGGCUUCGCCCACCCGUCCAGCGGUCCCCGCGACUCCUUCGUCAACAUCCGCGACUCGGGCGAGUGCGUCAUCAACAUCAUCUCGGAGCACUACAUCGAGGCCGCCAACUCGACGAGCAUCGACGCCCCCUACGGGGUGUCGGAAUGGGGCAUCGCCGGCUUGACGGCCGAGUACUCGUGCGAGACUGUCAAGCCGCCGAGGGUCAAGGAGGCCGUCUUUAGCGUCGAGGCAAAGCUCGAGUCUAUCAAGGAGAUUGAGAGCAGGGCCCAGCCGGGGAGGAUCUCGACCUGGUUGGUGGUGCUGGAGGGCACGAGGUUCUGGGUCAGGGAUGAUGCGCUCGGUGAGAAGCAGGAUUAUGUGGCUCCCGAGGUUUUGAGACCGAUUGGCCGCAUGGGAGGGACCAUCUACUCCAAGACAACGGAGCUCCUGCAGCUGCCUAGGCCGCAGUUUGAAACUGACCUUGGCGGUUUCGAGGGCUAUGAGAAGCUCUCCAAUGGAAAGAAAUGA